AUGGUGUUGUUCCAUCCAUCUUCAGCUUCCCGGUUCAUCUCCAAAGACCAGAAAAGGGCAGGACUACGUCUACCUCCAGAAGAGCUGAAGAUAGCCUGUCUGUGGCCUUUCAGGAGGCCCCAAAAGCUGAAACCUCACAACCACAGCCAAAUGAAACUCAAUGAAGCUUUAGCAAGGGUGGAAUUAAGUCUGGAACGACAGAGGAAGAACUCCAUGGCUAGAGAAAAAAGGGCAAAGACCACUGUAAAGAGUCUUUUGGGAGAUUUGAGGGAUAAUUCCCUUAUUAAUGAAGAGCUCAAAGAGAGGCUUGAAUUUUACUCGGAUCUUCAGAUAGACUUUAUGGAAAAGCAGGGACAUGAGUACUCAAAGGCCUGCAGAGAGUUUGCCCUCACACUCCAUCUGCAUGGUCCAAAGGCAUACAAAUACCUGAGAGAGACUCGACAUUUUCCCUUCCCUCAUUCACACACAUUACAAAGGUGGCUUUGUUCAGUGGAUGGCAAGCCAGGCUUGAAUCAAAUGAUGCUGGACAUGCUGGAGAGGAAUGUCGGGAAAGAUCAGGCUAAAUACGGACGCGUAGCACUCAUGUUGGAUGGCAUGGCCAUCAAAAAACUUGUUCAAUAUAAUCCACAUACCCAGUCAAUGUCUGGCUUUGUAGACCUGGGUGAUGGAAACAGCGAGACUGAGGUUGCCACUGAGGCUCUUGUGUUCAUGGUGGUUGGACUACAAGGACAUUGGAAGGCUCCCAUUGCAUACUACCUGAUGAAUUCUCUGUCACCAGAAACUCAAAGGGUCCUUCUCAGUCAUGCUUUGGAGGAGCUGCAUGCACGGGGCAUCCAGGUGGUUAGUGUAACAAUGGAUGGACAUGCCUCCAAUGUCAGAAUGUGUAGUGAACUUGGGUGUGAGCUGAAGGGAAACCCACGAGAGACUGGUGAGAGAGUAUUUGUCAUUAUGGACGCAUGUCACAUGCUGAAGUUGGCACGUAACAUGUUGCAGGCGUACAGUCCAAUAGCAACGACCACUGGACAGAUCAAUUGGAGAUAUUUGUCUGUCAUUGGCUUUGUCAUUAACAUUGACACGUUGAUGGUGAUGAUUCCUGAACUGCUCCAAAUUCAGCAGUAUGUCCUCACCUACAGGUUCAGCCAGGAUCACUUGGAGCUCCUUUUUAAUUCAAUUAGAGCGUCAGGUGGCUGGAAUAACAAUCCGUCUGCACGCCAGUUCCAGGCCAUCUUCCGCCAUCUGAUGGUCCGGUGUGGUGUCUCUCCUAGUGAGACAGGCAAUGUGGCAGCCCAAGAUGACACUGUGUCCUUGUCUGCAUUAGAGAUGUCGUCUGCUGAAACUGCUGAAGAGCACCCAUCUCCAUUUGCCAACAUUUCAGCUGUUGUGUGUGACUAUAGCUAUCUUCCCACUCGGUUUGGAGGUCUGGUGGAAAAUUCUCUGGUCUACAUAGCAGGAUUUGUAGUCCGGCAGAUUCUGCGCAAGCUGUCCUGUGAUGUUUGCCGUGCGAGCUUGGUCAGAGAUGCUGUACCAUCAUCAUUUGAUGAGAGCUACCACCUUCUAGCCCUGAAAAACAACGGUGGCCUCGUGAUUCCAUCACAAGGCACGGUGAAGGUGCUGAGAGCUGCAGAGAGGGUGAUUCGCCGAGCUUCAACACUGCAAGCUCCAAAGCUGUCGACAGUCACGCACAUUGUCCGGGAGGAGAUCGGAACGGAGGAUGUUUUCUACUUGGUGAACACAUUGAGGAGACACAGUAUGGCAUCGACAACCAUCAUUCCAACUUGUUGUCAUUGGCUGUGUCUGUAUUUCUGA